AGCAAAGGCACCAGCUAGCUUCAUCUUCCUCAAGCUCCCUUCAUCUUCCUUAAGCUCCCUUCAUGUCCACCAAAAUCCUCUUGUCUUCUUCGAGUCACGGGUUCGAGAAAGAAUGCCAGGAAAUUCAUGAUUCAAGGGGAAGUUUGAGCCAGCUGCUCCGGGUUUUGGAUGCCCGGAGCCAUCAUGAAUGUUGGAAAAUUAGAGAGAAUUACAAGGAGAUUUAUGGGGAAGACUUGAUUCUUCUUUUGCAGAAGAAGAAAAGUAAUGAGAAUAUAGCCCUGGUAAAGUGGUUGCUUGAUCCACAUGAGAGAGAUGCCACUAUUGCUAGGGAAGCUCUUGAGCAUUGUGAUCCUAAUUACAUUGCCCUGGUGGAGAUUUUCACAGGGCGAAAAUCAAGCCAUUUCAGCCUCAUCAAACAGGUCUAUCAAUCAAAGUACAGAAGGCAGCUUGAUCAGGAUAUCAUCAAUAUUGAGCCUCCCCACCCUUUCCAAAAGAUUCUAGUAGCAUUAGCUGCAUCACACAAGGCACAUCAUACAGAUGUUAGCCAACACAUUGCGAAAUGCGAUGCCAUGAGGCUUUUUGAAACAGGGGAGGGAAGACCAGGCACCAUUGAUGAAGCUGUUGUGCUUGAGAUUUUUACUAAGAGGAGCGUUCCACAGCUGAAGCUGACUUUUUCUUGCUAUAAACAUAUCUAUGGACAUGACUACAUAAAGGCAAUCAAGAAAGAGACUUCAGGGGAAUUUGAAGAUACUUUGAAAAGGGUCAUCAAAUGUAUAUGCAAUCCGCCUGAGCAUUAUGCAAAGAGUUUGUUCUUGAGCAUCAAAGGGAUGACAGCAGAUAAAAGCGUGCUGACGCGGGUGAUGGUGAGCAGGGCAGAGCUGGACAUGGAUGAGAUUCAGAAGGUUUUCAAGAGAAAAUAUGGAAUGGAACUCAGAGAGGCAAUAUGUGAUAGCAUCCCAUCUGGGGAUUACAGAGACUUCCUUGUUGCUUUAGCUUCUAAAACAGCACCUAAUACAAGUAUUGGAAACAAAGAAUAGUUGCUUUCACUAAUAUUCUUGAGCUAUGCUUUCCCUGACGUAAGUUUUACUGAUACUACAUCACCUUGCCCCUGUUUUACCCUUCACUUCUCAUUGGCUUUUGGGGCAAUGCAUAUACGCAACAGCAAUACAUUAAAGUGUCAAUCAAAGACCUUUUUGACUUAUAAGAAACGAUUCAAUGAUUGUACUUGUAUGAGGUCUUUCAGUUGAUUCCAAGGACAGAGUGUGUAUUUAAAUUGUACAAGUUUGAGCACUAACUUCUAUUACCUUUUUAAGGUAGGUGUUGUGCAUGGAUACUUCAUCUUUUUCUGUCUUGUAUGAUGCCAUUAUCUUGGUCUGAUUAAAAGCUAAGUUAUCAA